UGCGUGGCAGGGUCCUGAGGAGGCUGGGGUCACUGGGAUUCCUGUGGAAGCUUCUGUGGAAGUUGCGACAUGUUCCUGGGGCUCCUGAUCUCCCUGCUCCUCAGCUGUGGGCCCCUGGGGGCCCAUGGCUCCAGCCCGGCGGACAACCUCCUAGUCUUAACUGUGGCCACGGAAGAGACAGACGGCUUCAGAAGAUUCCAGAGAUCAGCGCAGUGCUUCAACUACAAAGUCAAGGUGAUGGGAAGUGGAGAAGAAUGGCACGGGGAUGGACAGAAAGUCAGACUUCUGAAGACCGCUUUGGAGCAAUAUGCAGAUAAUGAAGAACUCGUCAUCCUCUUUGCUGAAAGCUAUGACACGGUGUUCGCCUCAGGUCCAGGAGAACUCCUCAAGAAGUUCAAGCAAGCUAAAAGCAAAGUGGUUUUCUUAGCAGAAACAGUGGCUUAUCCUGAGCGGCGUCUGGAGCCCAAGUAUCCAGCUGUCAUAGAGGGCAAGCGCUUUCUGGGCUCUGCAGCUUUCAUAGGCUACGCUUCACAUCUGCAUAAACUGGUAGCAGACUGGGAUGGAGCUGAUGAAGAUAGUGACCAACUAUUUUACACCAAGAUCUUCUUAGACCCAGUGAAAAGAGAGAAGAUUAACAUCACCUUAGAUCACAGAUGUCGAAUCUUCCAGAAUCUUCAUGGUUCGGAGGGGGAUGUUGUGUUAAAGUUUGAGAAUGGGAGGGUGAGAGCCCGGAAUAUGGUUUAUGACACUCUUCCUGUGCUAAUAAAUGGGAAUGGACCAUCCAAGCUUCUUAUGAACUACAUGGGAAAUUACAUUCCUCGUGUAUGGACCUUCGAGACUGGCUGUGUCAUCUGUGAAGAAGGCUUGAGAAGCCUGCAAGAAUUUAAGACUGACGAUUCCUUCCCAUUGGUCGUAGUUGGCAUCUUCAUCGAGCAACCAACGCCAUUUGUUUCUGAGUUUUUUAAAAGACUGACUAACUUGCAGUAUCCAAAAAAAAGAAUUCAGCUUUAUAUUGCCAACCAUGAACUUCAUCACCAGAAACAUGUGGAGAAAUUUCUGCAGGAACACAGCUCAGGAUACAACAACGUCAAAAAUGUAGGACCUGAGGAAACGUCUAACUUUGCUGAAGCUCGUAAUGCUGGAAUGGACAUCUGCCGCCAGAACCCAGAGUGUGAAUAUUACUUUUCAAUUGAUGUCCAGGUGGUUCUAAAAAAUGCCAGUGUGCUGCGGACUCUCAUUGAACAGAACAAGUCACUCAUUGUUCCCAUGGUCAGCCGCCUUCAGGAUCUGUGGUCCAACUUUUGGGGUGCUUUGAGUUCAGAUGGGUUUUAUGCUCGGUCAGAGGAUUAUAUAGACAUUGUUCAAAGACAAAGAAUUGGAAUCUGGAAUGUCCCUUACAUCACUAAUGUCUACUUGGUGAAAGGCAGUGUCCUGAGGAAACCACUGAGCCAGUAUGAUCUGUUCCACAGCGGAAGUCUGGAUCCAGACAUGGCAUUCUGUGACAAUGUGCGCAGAAAGGGAGUCUUCAUGUUUGUGACGAACAGACAAGUAUUUGGCCACAUCCUCUCCUUUGAAAAGUACAAGACGACUUAUCUUCACAAUGACCUGUGGCAGAUAUUUGAGAACAUCCAGGAUUGGAAAGAAAAAUACAUUCACCCCAAUCACACGUUGGCCCUGAAAGGCAAGCUGAUGGAAUCGCCAUGUCCAGACGUGUACUGGUUCCCAAUAUUUACUGAAACAGCAUGUAAUGAGAUUGUGGAAGAAAUGGAACACAAUGGUCAGUGGUCAAAAGGAAACAACAAGGAUGAGAGAUUGCAAGGAGGAUAUGAAAAUGUUCCAACAAUUGAUAUUCACAUGAACCAAAUCAGUUAUGAGAAGGAAUGGCAGAAAUUCCUGCUGGACUUUAUUGCGCCCAUUACAGAGAAAAUGUUUCCAGGUUAUUAUACUCAGGCUCAGUUUGAGUUGGCCUUUGUCGUACGGUACAGACCUGAUGAACAGCCAUCCCUUGUUCCGCACCACGAUGCAUCGACCUUUACUAUUAAUAUAGCUCUGAACAGCGUGGGACAGGAUUAUGAGGGAGGUGGCUGCAAUUUCAUUCGCUACAACUGUUCCAUAAGAGCCCCAAGGAAAGGAUGGGCCUUGAUGCACCCAGGACGACUGACUCAUUACCACGAGGGACUCCCAACCACCAAAGGAACCCGAUACAUUGCAGUCACCUUUGUGGAUCCUUAAGCUGUACUUGUCUUACAAGAACUUUGGAGAAGUUACAAUGUAACACUGAUAAAGUAUUAGGAGGCUGAGGCUGUAUUAGCAGGACAGAGAUUACCGGUUGGCACAAUUAACAUUAUCUUUUUGGAUAAGUACCUUUUUAUAAUCUGUGAAUUCGAAACGGUUCAGAGCGACUCGCACUGGCUUGGCAGCGAACAAAUGGCAAAUACACAAAUGAUUUGUCUCUUUCUUUGACUUAAAUCAGCCUCAGGUUCCAGAUCUCCCUUCUGUAUAUUUAAGAUAAAUUUUUGUUAUCAUUCCAUGUCUGUUGCGUUUUAUGUAAAGUUUGUGGUGCUGUGUACACCAUGUUUUUGUGGUAAAUAGGGGAUCUCACAAAAUGUCAGUCCUGUACAUUUCACUUUGGAAGGGCGCAGUAAGGAGCAGAAUGGAAGCAGCAGCCUUGUUUUAAUAAUAAAGUUUUAACUAUUUUAUAUGUCAACUUGAAUAACUAUCCCCCUCCAUCCCCAAAAGAGUAUAUAAGUGCAUUUUCAUUG